AUGGGACGAAAGCGAGAGACGCCAGGCCGAACACCUGUCACUCUCGAAGUGGGCGAGGAGAUUGGCGAUGAAUUGGCGAUAUCAAAUGAUGGUGAUGUUGGAAGAAGAAGAAAAGGAGGAAGAAAGGAGGACGAAGAAGAAUUUAUCACAAAAUCCCGAAGGUGGGGGAGCAAGAAGGCAGACGAGGGGCAGCAGAAGACGAAGCGGAUUAUUGGAAGAGAACAAGCAGGGCCGGAUCUUCGGCUGCGAAACGUCGCCAAGGGCAGCAAGGGCCUUCAUUUGAAGAAGUACUUGGAAGACGCAGAAGAAGUAAAGCUGUACUGGCAAAUUGGAUACUCAAAAGGGGCUUUGCUAAGACUGUCAAAAUAA